UUUCAGGGCAGGGAAACAGGACCCACAAUUCAGCUUGUGAGCACAGCCCCUGUCAGAACAACGGCAGCUGCGUACUUGGCGUGGACAAGUGGUCGUACUACUGCAACUGUGCCGCAGGGUUCGAGGGACCGCAGUGUCAGACAUUUUCCGGCUGUUCAAGGUCACGGUUUGACCUUGUCUUUGUCGUUGAGAGCUCGGACAAGGUCACAAUGCCGGACUUCAGACGUAUGAAGGACUUCGUCAAGGGAGCUGUCCAAGCUUUCCCCAUCCAGCCGGGUGCAAACAGAGUUGGGGUAGUGCAGUACGCAGGCACAGUUCAGGAAGUACUCCCCCUAGCAACAAACAACAGUAUUGCAGAUGUGAUGUCAGCAGUUGACAACUUGGCUCCCUUGGGAGGCGGCACCUUCACUCAAGCUGCGCUACAGCAUCUCAAAGACACAAGUUUCACCUACAAGAAUGGCGAUAGGAUGGGUCAUCCGAACGUAGCCAUCCUUCUGACAGUUGGAAAACCGUUAGAUGCACCAGCAGCAGUUGCAAAGGACCUUCGUGACAUGGGAGUACACUUGUUUGCGUUUGGCAUAGGAAACGGACUCGGUAAUACGACAUUGGAGGAGAUCACUGGGUAUCAGCCGUUUGUCUUCCAGUUGGAUAACUUCACCGACUUGGACAACAGUGCACAGCGUAUUCAGGCAGUACAAGCUAUCUGCCGUGGUCGUGAUGAGUGUGCGUCCAACCCUUGUCAGAACGGAGGAGCCUGUGUUGACGGGGACUACACUUACCGCUGUGUCUGUAAACAAGACUUUGUUGGGCGUAACUGUGAGCGCUGUGGCCUGCCUGUAAAAGGUGUGAACAACUUGGACCGCACCUGUACUGCAUCACAUGGCCACAACAUCAUCACCUUCGACCGCAGCACCUUUGAUCUUACCGGCAGUUGUCGGUACACCUUGGUCAAGGACAAAGUCGCCUACGGCAACGCCACUCUUCUCAACACGACAAAAACAACCUUCAACGUUGAGCUAGAAUGGACAUACAUUUCUUUGGAUCAACACAAUGCUCCGAUGAGGAUGGUUGGCUCUGGCAGUUCGUAUCUGGAUGACAGGGUAGUCAGAAUAGAUGCGGGAGCCCUGAAUUUGCCGCCAGAGUAUCGUAACUUCACCCAUCUGCACACCAGGGUCCAUGUCGACGUGUUUGGCCAAAGGGUGACACUUAUGGAAGGACCCAAGGCUUUGUAUAACAACUUGACCGUGACCCCUCCCUUCGGUACGAAAGACCUUCAAAUCAACUACACCGGCAGUCUGGUACAGCUGACCACGACCUCUGACCUGGUGGUGACCUACGAUGGCAAACACGAGGUCAGUGUGAGGAUCCCCGCGUGUUACAGAGGGAAGACUGUCGGGUUGUGUGGGAACUUUAACGGGAACUCCAGUGAUGAUAUGGCACAACAGGAUGGAACGAUAACAACUUCUGUAGCUGACUUUGGAGACAGUUGGAAGGUUGGAAAUAGCAGCUGUCCAGCAACAGCUGACUUGUCCAAACUCAACUGUAGCAGUGCAAAGAACCAAACAGGGGUAAACAACACCUGUGGACUCAUCCUGUCUUCAACUGGCCCCUUUACACGCUGCCAUGCAGUGCUGCCCCCUAGGGGAUUCUAUGAGAACUACAUUUUCGACACAUGUCAAGGUAGUAAAUCAAUGAACAGCAACAUAAAGAACUCUACCAGAGGUAUGAAUGCUACAGGCAGUGGAGGGAAGGAGACCUGUACCAGUAUGGAGACAUAUGCUAGGCUGUGUCGCACUGCAGGCGUGCUCGUUGGUGAUUGGAGGAAGUACAGCAAUAACUGCCAGAUGAAAUGUCCAGCCAACAGCAACUACUCAGCCUGCAUGUCCUUCAGACAGCCAACCUGCCUGAACCAGAAUGUUACAAGGGAGUGCCUUCGUCAGGACUACAUGUCCCUGCUGCCUUCUUUCACUGCCAUACGUGAGACGUGCAUGGAAGGCUGCCGGUGCCAGAGCGGGUACCUACAGAGUGGUCUCCAGUGUGUGCUCCCAGAGGAUUGUGGGUGCAGCUACAAGGGCGUCUAUUGGCCGAAAGGUGCGACGUUUGGAUUGAAGGGCAACCAGCAGUGUGAAUGUAAAGGAAACAACACGGUUGUCUGCCAGCCCGUGGUGUGUGCACAGUGGGAACUGGUGGAUGGAACCUAUACCUGCACAUGUGUGGGACAGGCAAACUGUUUAGGACAGUUUGUGUGUUUGAGUCCACACUGGGGGCUGUUUAGCUGUUGCCAGUUUCAGUGUGAACUUGACUUUGGCAGCCGGGAGGUCGUUCACCCCAGUCCUACUGAACUCCACCUCUAUGGAGUACCGGAAACUACAGGCUGA